AUGGGCAACUCGGGCAGCCGGCCCAGCUGCCUGGGGGAGAAAAGCCGGAGAUCCGAGGACUUCCUGAAGGACUCCUACCUCAAGGACCUGGGGCUGGCGCCGGGGCGCGCGGUGGGCAGGAACAACGCGGAGGGCCGCGCCGUGCCUGCCGAGAAGCCGCCCCUCAGCCCCGUGGUGAUCGAGAACGGCUGGAACGUGGCCCCGGGGGGCUCCAGCAAGAGCCAGCCCAGCAGCCCCCUCCCCAAGCAAAACAACAUGGAUGUCAAAGUGCAGAACGGGGGCCUGAGCUGCAACCCGCUCAAGGCCCGCUUGGAGGCAGCCCGGAGCCCGCUGAGGGGCUCAGAGAGCAGCGUGUGGGCCUGGAAGCCCCUCACCACCACCACCGAGGUGACGGAGGUGACGGAGGUGACGGAGACCAUCGUGACGGAGAUCGUGGAAGUGACCGAGUACCCCGGGGGCGACAGGAGCCAGGAGCCCCUGGUCACCCGGACCGUGAAAGUGCUCACGGAGUGCGCAGGAGCUCUGCUUCCCGAGCUCCAGAACCGCGGGGCCCUCCUGCAGGCGGGCCAGGGGCAGCCUCUGGGGCAGUGGAGCAGCCUCAGCAGCAAGGCAGCUGCCUUCCUCGGCGACGCGUGGAGCACCGAGCAGGACCAGGAGACCCUGGGGAAGUUGCUCACUUGGAUGAGCGACAUGGAGGACCUCCGGGCCAGCCAGAGACCCCCUUCUGCUGAAGCAAAGGUGGUGAAGGCUCAGCUGCAGGAGCAAAAGCUUUUGAGGCGGCUGCUGGAUGAGCGGAGGUCCCCCGUGGAGCGGCUCCUGCAGGAGCGGCGGCAGGAGCCUGCUGAGGCCACGGCCACAGCGGACGGCAGCAGCUGUGAAAGGGAGAGAGGCCUCUCGGACCUUCAGGAGAAAUGGACGGCGUUGAUCCAGGGGGCCGAAGCCAGGCACAGCACCUUGGAGCGGAUCCUUCCCGCUGCUCACGCCUUCCAGGAGUCAGUGGACUCUUUCCAGGACUGGCUGGGCUCCACGGAGAGGAAACUGGCCCAGCUCUGGCGAGCCAAUGGAAGCCUGGGCCACGCCCAGGAGGCCCACCAGCAAAUCCAGGAGCUGUGCGAGGAGAUUCGCUCCAAGCCGGGUGAACUGGAACGGGCCCUGGAACAUGGACAGCGACUUCUGGAGAUGGUGUCAGGCAAGUGGGACGGGACGGGGCCUACGGCAGGGGAGGAGGCCCAGGGCGCGCAGGACAAGGUGGACUCCCUGCGGAUGCGCUUCCUGAUCGUGGGCCAGAGCGGCACCGACAUCCUCCAGCGCCUGGAGCAGACCUUGGCGGCCUCCUCCCGGCUGGACCCCACCCAGGAGGGCCUGGCCCUGUGGCUGGGGCGCAUGGAGAAGGAGCUGCCCUCGCAGGGCGGCCCGCCGGGAGACGGGCUCAGCCCAGUCACUGCUGCGGACCAAGAGAAGUUUGGACAGGCGCUGAGAUCUGAACUGGCAAAGGUGUCCCACCUCAGCGCACACCUGGGAGAGCUGGGGCCCGUGCACCUGGAGGUCCACACCAUCAACUUGCAGCUCAGUGAUCAGAAGCUCCUUUCAGCCGAGGUCUUGCACCACCACGGCCUGGUGGAACGACUCGUGGCGAUCGCGGACCUGCUGCUCAGCUUCUGCCCCCCAGACAUGCAGCAGCAGCUCCAGCCGCUGGUGCGGCCCCUGCAGGAGUCUGCGGAGCACCUGGUGUGCCAGAGUUCGGCCCGCGCCAUGCAGCUGGAGCAUGCCCAGUGCCUCCUGGCCCAGUACACGGAGGCCCACGAGGAGCUUCAGCCGUGGCUUGAGGAGGCGCAGCAGGUGGUGGCACAGGUCUCCCCCGACAGCAUCAGCUACGAGGCCUUCAGGGAGCAGCAGGAGCUGCUGCAGUGUCUCCGGGAGGCCGUCGCUGAGCACAAGCCCCUGAUGGCCAAGCUACAGCGUGCUUCUGUGCAGCUGACGGAACUCAGCCCUGGGGAGGCUGCCCCCUUCCGGCAGGGCUGGCAGGCGGCCGAGGAGCGCUACGGCAGCAUCCGGGAGCAUGUCCGGCAGGCCGCAGCCGUGCUGGAGGAGGCCAUCCCCCGGUACAGCCAGCUGUCAGAACGGAUGGAGCUGAUGGUCGAGUGCCUGGAGAGGCUGCAGAGCCGCAUGGGGAGCCCCCCUGCUGUGCGGGGAGACUCCGCCUGGCUCCGGGAGCAGAUCCGGGAGAACGGCCUCCGGCUGGCGGAACUGGAGAAGCUGGGCGUGGCCCUGGAGACCCUUCGGGGCCAGGGGGACGAGCUGCUGGCCACCAUGCAGACGAGCGCAAACAGAGUGAUCCAGGGCCGUGUGGAGCAGCUGCUGGGCCAGUGGAAGGCGCUGUGGGAGCAGGGCGAGGAGCGGGAGAGCUGGCUGCAGGGCCUGCUGGCGCUCGCCGACCGGUUCUGGCACGGGCUCUCGGACCUCGCCGUCACGCUCAGUGACAUCCAGCAGGUGGUGCUGGACCUGGACCGGGAGGCCGCCUCGGACCCCAGGGCCAUCCAGGACCGGCUCAAGGCCAUGCAGGCCCUGCGAGAGGAGAUUGAUUCUCUGCAGAGCGAGCUGGACUCCUUGGGCGCUCUGGGCAUGGAGCUGAUGUCAUCGUGCGGAGACCUAGACAAGCCGGACGUCACCAAGAGCCUGGAUGACCUCUACUCGACAUGGAAUAACCUGAGCAAGGUGUGGACGGAGCGGCAGAACCGCCUGGAGGAGCAGCUGCAGGCCGCACUCACGUACCAGGAGGCCAUGGAGAGGCUGAUGGGCUGGCUGGGGACGGCUGAGCUGCGGAUGGCAGAGAGGUUCCUGGUUGGGGGGGACCUGGACCUGGUGAAUCAGCAGCUCUCGGAGCUGAAGGACUUCAAGCGAGAACUGUACCAGUGCAAGGUGGACGUGGAAAGCCUGCACCACCACGGCGGCUCCAUGAAGGAGCCCCCAAGUGCUCUGCGUGGCUUCCGUGACCGCUGGAACCACCUGGAGGAGGCGGUGGUGAGCCGGCAGCACAGCCUGGAAGCCGCCCUCCUGGGCCUGGGCCAGGUCCAGAGCCAGCUGGAAGAGCUGCUGCAAUGGGUCCUGCGCACCACGGAGCAGCUGCAGGGCCCCGCGGCCCUCAGCCUCGACCUGCAGAGCUGCGAAAUCGAGCUGGCCAAGCACAAGGUGCUGCGCAACGACGUCCUGUCCCACGCCCGCACUGUCCGGUCCGUGCAGGAAGCCGGCCAGGGCUUGCUGCUGUCCAGCGCCAGGGACUCGGUGGAGGGGCUGCAGGGCCGCCUCCAGCAGCUGAGCCAGCACUGGGACUUUGUGCUGGGCCAGACGGAGAGCCGCCAGCUGGAGCUGGAGAACAACCUGAGCCAGGUGCAGGACAUCACCCUGGAGAUCACGGACCUGCUCCGGUGGCUGGAGCAGGUGGAGCUGCAGCUGUUCUUCUCCAAGCCCACCUGGGGCCACCCUGAAGCCACCAAGGACAAGCUGGCGGCACAUUUGGAAUUGUGCAAAGAGAUGGAAUCCAAGCAGCAAACCUACGACAGCGUCAGGGGCAAGUUGCAGCGCCUGCUGGCCACCAGCCACCUGCCCCGGGCCUCCAGCACCGAGCACAGCCUGAGCAUCCUGGAGCAAAAGUGGGAGAGCGUCGCCGGCCACGUGCAGGAGAGGAAGGAGCAGCUCACCGAAGGCCUGACGGUGGCCACGGAGUUCCACGCCACCAUCCAGGAGCUGCUGCAGGGAGUGGAGCGGAUGGAAGAGGCCCUGGCGGCUCUGCCUCCACCCAGCUACGUCCUGGAGAGGGUCACCAGCCAGAUCCAGGAGCAGAAGGCCCUGGUGAAGGAGAGCCAAGCACAGAGCGAGACGCUGGCAGGCCUGGAGGCCGUGGCCACCCGCAUGAAGGACUUCAGCCGGAGGCAGGACUGCAGCGCCAUCCACAGCCUGGUGCUGACCGCCAAGGAGCGGCUGGCCAAGGUGCUCCAGCAAGUGAGCGAGAGGGCAGGGGUGCUGGAAGAGGCCCGCAAGUGCGCCAAGCAGUUCAGCGAGUCCUGGCAGCUGCUCCUGGACUGGCUAGAGGAGGUGGAUCCGGCUCGCGAGAUCCCCAGCGACGCUGCACUGAGCCAAGAGGGGAUCAAGGCCCUCCUGGCGGAGCACAAGGAGUUCCAGAAGGGGCUGCGUACCAAGCGGCCGGUGUACGAGGCCUCCCUGCGGAGCGGGCGCCUCCUCCGGGACAAGGCCCGGCUGCCUGAGGAUGCCCAGCCGCUGGAGGAGAUGCUGGGGGAGCUGAAGGAGCGCUGGGAGGCCGCGUGCGGAUGGGCGGCCGAGAGGCAGCGCAAGCUGGAGGAGAAGCUGCUGUUCUCUGGCCGCUUCACGGACGCCCUGCAGACGUUGAUGGACUGGUUGUACCAGGCUGAGCCGCAGCUGGCCGAGGAGGCCCCCGUGGCUGGCGACCGAGACCUGGUCAGCGCACUCCUGGACAAGCACAAGGUGUUCCAGAAGGAGCUGGGCCAGCGGGCCAGCUGCAUCAAGGCCCUGAGGCGCGCCAUGCGUGACCUGACCCGGGGCCCCGGCACGGGGGACUCGCAGUGGCUGCAGAGCCAGGUGGAGGAACUGGGCCACCGCUGGGAGCUCAUCUGCCAGCUCUCCGUCUCCCGGCAAGACCGGCUGCAGGCCGCCCUGAGGCAGGCAAAGGAGUUCCACACUCUGGUGCAUUCGUUCCUGGGCCGUCUGUCUGAGCUGGAGAAGUCCAUCAAGUACCGGGCCCUGCCAGAGGAGGAGGGGGCCGUGCGCGAGUGCCAGAGCCAGCUCACGGAGCUGAGGCAGAGCCUGCAGUGCCAGCAGCUGGAGCUGGAGUGCAUCAGCUCCCUGGCGGAAGAGAUCCUCGGCACCUGCCACCCCGACUCCGUCAUCACCAUCCGGUCCUGGGUGACGGUCGCCAAGAGCCGCUUCCAGGAGGUUCUCAGCUGGGUCCAGCAGCAGGACGGGCGGCUCCAGGCCCAGGCGGCCUCCCUGGCGGCGGAGCGGGAGGAGCUGGCGCGGCUAUUCGACUGGAUCACGGCAGCCGAGGAGUCCAUGAGCCUCCGAGACCAAGAGCCUCUUCCUGAGGAUGCUGAGCAGCUGGAGGAGCUCAGCUCUCAGCACGCGGUGUUCAUGGAGCAGCUGAACCGCAAGCAGCCGGAUGUGGAGAAGCUCACCAAGAGCUGCAAGUGCAAAAUGCCCACGGAGCUGGGGGCGCCCCCUGCCCCCCGCCCCCUGUCUUCCCGGCGACGCAGCGCCAGAAAACUCUCUCGGAGGAGCCCAGCAGCACCUCCCCUGGAGGACCUGGUGCCCCAGAGCCCCCUCCUGGCCCAGCUCGUGCACCGCUGGCAGCAGCUGUGGCUGCUGGCCCUGGACAGGCAGUAUCGACUCCAGAACUCCCAGCAGCACCUGCGAGAGCUAGAGGAGUUCUCCCGCUUUGACUUUGCCGUGUGGCGGAAGCGCUACAUGCAGUGGAUCAGCCACAUGAAGUCGCGGGUCCUGGACGUCUUUCGGAGCAUCGACAGGGACCAGGAUGGGCGCAUCACCCAGCGGGAAUUCGUGGACAGCGUCCUCUCCUCCAAAUUCCCCACCAACAUGCUGGAGAUGAGCGCGGUGGCCAGCAUCUUUGACACAAACAGGGACGGCUUCAUUGACUACUACGAAUUUGUCAGCGCUCUUCACCCCAGCCGGGACUUGCUGCGCAAGGCGGCCGACACGGACCAGAUCCAGGAUGAGGUGAACCGUCAGGUGGCCCAGUGCAACUGCGCGAAGCGAUUCCAGGUGGAGCAGAUCAGUGCCAACCGGUACAGAUUUGGGGAGUCGCAGCAGCUGCGCAUGGUCCGCAUCCUGCGCAGCACGCUGAUGGUGCGGGUUGGCGGAGGCUGGAUUGCUCUGGACGAGUUCCUGGUGAAGAACGACCCCUGCAGAGUGAAGGGCAGGACAAACGUGAAGAUCAAUGAGAAAUACCUCUCCCCGGAUGCUGCCGCGGGGGUCAAAGGCACGAGCGGCCCCUCCGGCCCCUCCUCCAAGGUGCUGUCGCCCAGCCGCUCCAGCUCCAGCCUCAGCCUCUACAGCAGCGCCUCGGCCCCCAGCAGCCCCCUCGCCCGGAAGUCUGUCCUGCGCAGGACGCGCUCUGGGGAUCGGUGCCUCGUGUCCCGCACUUCUCUGGUGUCAGACGGGGCUGAGUUGACCUUCGCUGGGGCCGCUGAGGAGGAGGGGGCUGACCCGGAUGCUGACGCGGACGCUGUGCCUCCAGAUCCGCCGGGAGGGCCGCCGCCCUGAGCAAAGCAGCUGC